ACAGUUCCUGUGAGUACUCGAACGGACAUGAUGUAUCGUUGAGUGUAAUUUCGCGGCAUAUCCGCGAUUAAAAAAAAACAAACCGGACAUAUCAGUGACGUGAGUGUAUUGAAAGCAACAUAAUCAACCCGAUAACGAGAAGAUUGUUGUAACAAUCGGGACUGAAGGACCAACGAGAGAGUGACUGCACAAUGUCAAGUUCUUACAUCGUCGAACCCAGGGAGAGUGCCUCAAAGAAGGAUGACACGCUGAUUAUUGUUGUUAAUGAUGAUGGAACUAUAUCUGUCGAUCAGGAGACUCUGCAAAAUCUAAUAAUGAAUCAAUCGAACGCCAAUGUAAGUGUAGUGCGAGUAGGUCAGACAGAAUCAGACGCUCCAAACGGUGACUUGACAUUCACAGUGGAUCCACCCACAUUCGGACCCGCCGAGGCCACAACUGCAGCAGCAGUGACAACAACUCCGGACAUCGUGGACCCCUUCAUGGAGAUGGAUCCGGAGCAGUUGAAGAGACUGGAGACGGCCCUGCAGAGUGAGCAGGCGAAGCAGAUCCUCGGGGAGAAUGUGACAGCGAUGCUGGACAUGUUGACAGUGGAAGAGGAGCAGAAUUCAAUUCGAUACAGCAUCGAGCUGGACCAUUGCUACACAAGUCGCACGUCUCCAGCAGAUCCUCCUCCCCUGGAUCCCCUGCCAGUGGCGCACUCUCCAGAGAUCGAGAAAGUGGAAUUCCUGUCGAGUGUGAAUCCACAACAGCUAGCAGAUGCACCAGAGACCCUGACCCCCUUGAAAUCCCCUCCGAAGAAGCCAGUGGGUCGUCCCAGGAGAACUCCCCCAGGAGUCCCAGUAGUGCAGUCGUCUCCCAGCAUCCCAGAGUCUCCAAAGGGUUCGCGACUCCAGGAGGAUGAGGAUUCGAGUCCCUUCUCCUCGUCAGAGUCCUCCGAGUCUGAGCCAUCGGACUCUGACGUGGACUUUGGCCCUCGUGGCCCAAGGCGAGGAGGUGUUAGAGCUAGAGGGGGUCGCAAAGGCUUGACAACACGUGGUGGAAGCAUGGCAAGACGUCCAGGACGCCCCAGUAAACUCGACAAUGAUCAGGUGCGCAGGUUAAACCUGGAAAUGGCAGCAGCAGUCGAUGAGAUGAAGAGCCCAUUGAAGCCCGAGACAUCUGAUCUGCGCUCCAAGAAGCAAAUCAAGACAAUGGGGGGCAAGAAGAAGGAGGAGGCACCAGGGACUCCAACUGAGCCACCGCCUUCCCCUGAGAAGCCGCUCCAAACGACCAAUCAAGUGAAGGCAAACCUCAUCAGCGCUAAUAUGAUCAAGGGAGACAUGAUCUUGACAAAACCCGGACAAUCUAGGAACAAUCAGAAGGUCUAUUUCGUCCAGAAGAAAAUCAUGGUGAAAGCCAAUGAGAUAAAGAAUUUUGGUAUUAGGAAGUCACCUGUUGUCAUCACCAAGGCGCCUGUCAAACUGAAUAACCAGGUGCAGACGCGAUUAUCCACGUCUCAGGAUGGAAAACUGAUUACAGUGGUGAGCAAGGCAGUUGCGGUGCCUCCAGCAGCUCUUCCUGAUGUGCCAGGAGUAGUAGAUAACACCAGUCAAUUGUCCGAGGUGGUUCAGAUCUCAAAGCCCUUGGCUCCACAGACUCCAGUUAAAGUUAAACCUGUGGAGUUAAAGAAGGAGAAGAAGGAGCCUCCAAAGACCCCGGAGAUCAGAACACCAGAUCCAUCGAAAAAGCACGUGAAGAAGGAGACGAAGAAAUCACCAGGGGUUUUCGUGGAGGCACUUGGUCCUGCGCUGUUCUCCACACCUGAUAUCAUCAGGAGGGUGGGAUCCGUGGGGGAGGCAAAGGCCCCUGAACACCACGAGCCCCACGAACAGGAGCCCCAUGUUUCUCCUCAGCAGCCUCAUGUGUCCCACGCCCCUCACCAACCCCCUGGAGUGCCUGAGGAGCCAGCACCAGAGGCUAGUCCUGAAAACACUCCAAUAACCAAAGAUUUGUUGGGCUUAGAAGAAAAUAACAAAGACCGAGAGACUUUGGGUGUCGGGGCAACACCUGAUAAUAACCUGAGGCUUGAAGAGGAGCCCAGGGAGCUGUCAGAGUCCCAGGAUCACGAUAAGAUCGAAAAACAGGUUACUGAUGACCUGCAUGCUGUGCUAGACCCCGGUGGUAUUGAGGGUAACGAGCACCUGCUGGCAACCCUGGAGAUGGAAGCGAGUAAGCACGAGGAGGAGCUCCUGGCAGAAGCUCUUCUUCUUCAGGAACAGCUCGACGUGGAUCUGACUGAUCCGUCAGCCCUCGAUGGUGCACCUCCCAUUUCUGAGAGCCUCCUGCCACCUCCCUUCGAUCCUCCCCUCCUGGCAGAGCCCUUACCACCCUCGAAACCCCCCGAGCAAAUUCUAGAACCAGUAAUUGAGUCAGAGACCUUCCAGAAUCCGGCCUCAAUGUCACAGAUCGAUCCCAAGAAGAGAGACACCAGGGAGCCCAUUCAGAUCGUCCGAGGUGGGCGAAUAAUCACCCUACCCCCCAUCGAGGCCCCAGCCACCAGGAGCAAACGUCUGCAAUCAAAAACAGAGUCUCCGAAGCCUCAGGAUCCACCAAAACGUGAAGAGAAACAACACAAACCCUCUACACCCCUUCAUCAAAAGAAAUUCGAAGAAAUGGAUUCUGAAAUGGAGGACGACGAUGAGGAAGACAACUCCGACUCUGAAGACGAUCCAAAUCGACUGUGGUGCAUCUGCAAACGUCCCCAUAACAAUCGUUUCAUGAUCUGCUGCGACGUCUGCGAAGACUGGUUCCAUGGCAAAUGCGUUCACGUGAGUAAAGCCAUGGGUCAGCAGAUGGAGGAGCAGGGAAUCGAGUGGGUCUGUCCCAAUUGCGCCAAGAAGAAGGGUGACGAAUCAACGAAAUCCCAGAAGAAGAGCCACAGAUCGUCAACACCGAAUUUGAAGACUCCUGAGGAAAUACCGAAGAUCGCGGGGCCAAUGACACCUGGAGCUGUUACUCAGUGCGUUGUGUGCAAAAAGGAGGCGAGGAACUCGAGUAUUUACUGCUCCGAUGUUUGUAUUCUGGCUCAUGCACAGGAGGCCCUGACAAAAGAUAAACCAGUGCAGAAGACACCCAGGGAUGGGGCUAAGGGAGAGGUCUCAAGGGUCAUAGUCUUUGAGAGGAAAACAGGAAAAUUGUUGACUGGAAGUGAUGCCCCUACCAGGGCGAAUCUCCAGAAUUGGCUAAGAGAGCAUCCAACGUUCGAAGCUGUUCGUCCAAACAGUUUGAAUACCAUUCAAGUUGCUGGAAAGACAAUGUCAACUAUUCAAGUGACGGCUAAACCAAAAUCAUCGCCAAGUCCACAGGCCAAGAUGGUUUAUGCCAAGGUCGCUGGCUCCAAACAGACUAUUCUUGCCCCCAGCAAGAAAAUAACUGUUGUAUCUCCCCACACAAGUCAACCGAAACACGCUCACAAGACCUAUCCUGGGGGCAAAGUUACUCAGGUACUCAAGCAGACGACGAUAAAAACUAUUCCUUUACCACCAAAGUCACCAGUUGUCAUUAAACAACAACCCGUUAUCAAGAAAACUGAGAGGGCUGAUAAGAGUGAUAAAAUAGAGAAACAUGAGAAACAUGAGAAGAAUGAUAAGAGUGAGAAGAAUGAGAAGAUUGAGAAAACUGAGCAGAAGUCAACGCCGUGGAAGUCGAGGAAAUCUGAGACUGAACCGAUAAGACUGAACAUCAGGAAAUCACUUGCUGAGGCGUUGACAUCGAGAAUCAAAGAGACCGAGGAUCUUAAGCUGUCUGAUGAGGAGAUAACAGAGCUAGCACUAAAAAUAGAACUCGAGAUGUACAAGUAUUUCACUGGGGCUAAGUAUAAGGCGAAAUACAGGAGUCUUUUGUUUAACAUAAAGGACACGAAGAAUUUAACUCUGUUCAGGAAAAUAGCUGACAGAUCGUUGACACCAGAUGCUGUUGUCAGGCUGAGUCCUGAGGAGAUGGCCAGCCAGGAGUUGGCGGAGUGGAGGGAGAAGGAGACGAAGCACCAGUUGGAGAUGAUCAAGAAGAACGAGCUAGAUCUGAUGGCCCAGGCCAAGUCGAUUGUCGUGAAGACCCACAAGGGAGAGCAGAUUAUCGAGAACGAUGGGGGACUUGAGGCUGUGGAUCCCAAGACCCCGGUGCAGGACAUCGUGACAGUUCUCAACAGUGCUGAUAACACGUCCUCGGAUAUUCUAGAGGAGAAGGAGGAGACGUCAUCGUCCAUGGAGGACUCCAGGGCGAAAAAGUACGAGGAUAAAAAGAAGAAGAGAGAUAGGGACAGGGAGAGGGAGGGGCACAGGUCUAGGGAUAAGGAACACAAGGAGUCGAAGCGAGACAGGAGCUCCAGCAGAAAUAGAAGACACAGAUCUAGGGAUCGCAGCAGAGAUCGGAGAAAAAGUAAGGAUGGAAAGAGGGAUAAAGAGAGGGAUAAAGAUCGUGAGAAAUCGAGGGAGAAGGACAAGUCCAAGGAUAAGGACAAGGAUCGCUCCAGAAGGAGUAGCAAGAGUAGCAGCAGAUCCAAGAGCAGCCACAGAGAUAGUCACAAGGAUAAGGAGAAGAAACGUGAUGUCGAGGAUGAUAAGAAGAAGCUCGAGGAGAAGAAAAAAGAACCUGCAGUGCCACCGCCAGAAAAACCAAUUGAGGAUAGACUCUGGAGGCACGUCGAGGAGGAGACAAAUACGAAUACGUUGGAUGGAAAUGAUUCUGAUGUUUCUGACAGGGAGCCUAGCUCCACUGUAACCAUUAAAACACCUGACAUAAACGAGGAUCUCGAGAGGGAGAAGGAAGUGGUGAUAAAUAUCGAACAACCUCUGCCCCCCUGUACAGCCCCUCCUCCCAAGGAAGUUACAAAGAGCCAAUCCCCGACGGUAUGGCGAGGAUUUGUCAAUAUGGUGGACGUUGCAAAAUUCUUCAUAACUGCCCAAGAGAUCAGUGGACAUGCCAAGGAUCUCAUGGACGACCUCCCAGACAGCAUCGACGUCGUAGGUAGAAUCGGCCCUGAAACUGUCUGGGAUUAUAUGUCCAAAACGAAGAAGAAUGGAUCCAAGGAGAUCCUCGUGAUACGACUUACAGCUGCCAACGAUGAGGAGAAAAUUCCGUACAUCACUCUUUAUAGUUAUUUGAACAGUAGAAGUCGACUUGGAGUGAUUGGAACUAUCUCCAGUAACAUCAAGGACUUCUACAUAAUGCCAUUUUCAAGCCACAGUCAAAUACCUCCGAUCCUGAGGCCUCUCAUUGGCCCAGGAUUCGAGGAAAAUAGGCCGCACUUACUCCUGGGUAUCAUAAUUAGAAACAAGAGAAAAAGACCGGCAAUUACUCCCAUCUCUCAGACACCCCUUAAAAUUCCUAAAAAGGACUCUGACAGGAGUUACACACCACCGCCAGGGCACCUUGUUAAGGAGAAGAUCUCGUCGUCCUCGGAGAAGUCAGACCACAGCGACAAGUCCCUGGUCACCCAGACAACCCUCAAUUCCCUUAAUAAAGCACACGUUGGCAUGUCCAGGAGUAAUCUGAUGGAUUCAGCAGUGAUAUCCAAGAUUGUUCCAGAAUUGUCGUCCAAGCUAGAUCUGACCUCAUCACCGGGAAAGCCCCAGGAGGAUGACGAUGACGACGAGCCUUACAGUCCUGGGGGGAUUGACGACGAGCCAGAGAACACUCGUGUUAAAAUAUCGACAAGUCCCCUGUUACCAGCUAAAAAUUCCAAUGAAAUCCAGAGGAAAGUUGAGGAGCUCAAUCGAAGGAUAGAGGAGCAGAAGCAACAGAUUCAAAAUAUGUCGUCGUCGUUUAUCGAGGAGUCAGUGACACUUCCUGGUUUGGGACUGGAUCCCCCUGAGGACGAGGCCUAUAGUCCGACCGAUGCCAGAUCUUUCACACCACCACCCCAAACACUUGGUAAAUUUCCAAUUCUCGAUAAAGUUCAGGAUAUCACCAUACCAGCGAAUCUCCAGGAGAUUCUGGCAAAUGUCAAGAGGCAGGAGAGCAGUAAGGUGGAUCCAUACUUGCCCUCGAAGCCUGGGGCAUCCUUCCUGACACCUGUUGUCCCCAUGAAGAUCGAGAAGAUGUACACACCGACAGCCAAGGAGACGAAGAGCACUUUGAGGUCCCUGAGUGAUCUGGAUCUCAUAAAAAAGGCUGAAGAGGAGCUCGCAGCUGUGGCUGCAGCUUCUGGGGCCCUCGAUGCAUGUGCCACCUCCGCAGCUGGUGCUAUGGAGGAGUCAAGCUUUGGUGAGAGUGACACUCUCGAGGGCUUCUCCCCGGCUCUUACAGCCUCUCCAUCGAAGACUCGUAUCUUCGAACAACCAAAACCACCUGGUCUCGAGGACGAGGACAUCCCUGUCUUCCCUGGGUCAUCCAUCCCUCUCGAGACACCGAGAAAUGAACCCACUAAAUUUGUACCCAAGAGUGGAGUUGUCUUGAGCAUUAAGCGUAAAAUUGUUGACGAUGGGGGCGCCAUAUCGCCUCCAAAAACACCGAGGACGAAGUCUAGGUGGGGUCAGGGACCCGCCGACUGAAUUAUUCGUUAUCCAUAGAUUUUCAGUUAUUAUUCUUUUUUUUUCAAUGCAUUUUGUCAUUAUUUUGGUUGGCUUGCGUGGGGGGAGGAGAGUACCCUCGAGGAUUUCGUUGAAAUGAAAUCAGAGAGAAAUACAGUUUUACAGCAAGAAGUGGAUUUCGGAGGAUAUCUCUGGAUCUAGAGGAGAUGAUGAAAUUUUUAUAGAGUAGUCUUUUGGAGAAGGGACAGAGAGCUGCAAGAAAGGUAUUCACAAAAAUGUGGAUGGCGCUCUCGGGUGCAGAGAUAUUUUAUUGCAAAUAAUUUUCUUCGCUGAUGAAUUGUAAUUGCUCUUUAGAUUCAUUGGAACUCUCCUGCCCUUGUCGUCACUCAUACCCAGUGCCCGAUUCAUCUUCAUUAUCACAUUGUUCCCCUCUGUAAAUACCAAAGUGACAGGCAACAUAAUGACAUGAUCAUCCUGUUGCACUCGGGGAGAGCUUUUUCGCCUGUACAUAGCCCAAGGAAAAAAAAACGAGAGGAUAAAUUCCCUUUGUAAAAUAAUUCGCAAGUUUUAACGUGAUUAAAUUCCCAUGGAGACGAUUGGAGAUGGAAUAAACGUUGAAAGUAUUAAAUACUUUCAAUAAAAACUGGCUGUGUAUAUACUGGAAACGCAUUCUUAUUUGAGUUCGUUUCGAUCUGCUUGAGGCGUUCUCUGUUUUGGUUAUUUUCUUAGUUUCUUUUUUUUUAAGAAAAAAGGAAAAUGUAAAAAUUUUGAAUAAAACGCGAGAGCAUUCACGAUUGCUGUCCCAGAAGAACAGAAAACUCGCAGGCUCAUUCCUUCGAGACAAUUUCGUUGUUUGUAUCCCAUUUUUUUUUUAAUUGCUGCUAACAAUAUGUAGAUUAGGACAGUGCAAUGCCUGUACUUCCAGGAUGAAUGAGUGAUCGUGGGCACAGCUGUACAGAUAUCUUCCUGUGGGUAUCUUCCAGGAGGUGGGGAUAAUUGCUGAGGGUAAUACGUAUGGAAAAAUUCAGUUGACAAUUUUUUCUGGGAAAAUUCUCGUAAAUUUGUCGUACAACUGCAUAACAAUUGCCAUAAGCGCAGUAAAUUGUUAUUCUAGUUGAAAUUAUACUUGUUUUUCCAUCUGAAUUGUUUAAUUCUCAAUAAAAUGUCACUCUUUAAUUCAAUGGAUACGAUACAAAUGGAUUCAACAUUGGAACAGUAAAAUUUGAAUCCACCGAUUUUUCCAUGUAAAAAUAAUUAAAAUGAGAUAAUUGUUAGGUUUUGUAGAAUGUCGAUUUUCAAAAAUUGGUGCGAAAAUUUUCUUUAGCCUCCGCCAUAAAUCAAUGGACAAAUCGGUAAUGAAGAAAAAUUUUGAAUUAUCUGUUCCGCUAUUGAAAUUGAAUUUUUCAAAUUCAGAAUUCCAUAUAAUUUCAAAAUAAUCAAAAGAAAUGAAACGGAAGUUUUCGAGUGAGAAUUUUUUGCAUUGGAUUUUUUCAUACGUGAAUGCUGGCGUUCGCAAGGGAAAUCCGAAAAUGGAAUAAGAUUUCUUUGUGGUGCCUGUCAAACGGGGAAGUGAUGAUUAGUUUUAGAUAUUGCGCACAAAUUGCGCGGCUGAUGCUUCGUUAUAGGAGGUUUUCGCGAAAAAUGGGAAUGGGAGGGUAGAAAAAUAUCGAACACAUGGAUUCAUGUCAUUUUGCUGCUGCUCUUCCCGAAUUUUCCAUUUCGCUUAUAUGAUGCUACUUUGACAUCUCUUUUUGUAAUGAAAUAAAUUCAGUAAGUUUAUUAGUUUAAGGAACGAAAAUGUGAAGAUGGUCUUUAUGUACAAAUUAAGCACAUGAAUAAUUAUAAGUGUAACCGAGGGAACUGGCAUAACUCAAGUGGUCAUGUUUCAUAAUAAAAACAAUAUCCUUGAUCAAUAAA